AUGUCCAGUCUUAACAUUCAGCCCGUUCAAAGACGGCUGCCACCUGCUAGUAUCACACCACCUUUGGUGUUAAAGCCCGUCGCUGCAUCUCUCCCUGCCCCUCACCUCCAAGCAGAGCAAAAGGGUAAAACCGGUAAGCCUGAAGGUCAGUGAAGCCCAUCUUCUGGACAGCUCUAACCCUUGUCGCACAUUUUACGUCUGCGACAACCGGAGUGGUAGGCGUUCCUUGUUAGACACUGUUGCCGAGCUAAGUGUCAUUCCUCCCACGCCAGCUGAUCGUCGGGGCCUCAAUCCCGGUCUUUUCCUACAGGCUGUCAACACCUCGCCAAUCGCCACCUUUGGCACCUGCGCCCUCUCUCUGUACACCGGUCUCCGGUUUCUUUUCUCUUGGGUCUUCGUCGUUGCUGACAUCCCCUGUGCCAUUCUCGGUGCAGAUUUCCUCGCUGCUUUCGAUCUUCUGGUCGACUGUCGUCAGUCACGGCUACACGAUAAGACCACAAACCUCACUCGCUGGGGUGUCUCAUCCUCCACCGCUUCUCGUAAAGCCGCCGUCUUGGACCCUGAAUCCGAGAAUCCAUUUCGGCAACACCUUGUCUUAUACCCCGGUCUCACUCGUUCCAUCUUCAAAGCUUCUGUUCUACCACACGACGUUGUUCACCACGUCCGGACCAUUGGCUCUCCCGUGUUUUCUCGGCCCCGCCGUCUCGCGCCUGCACCUCUUGCUGCCGCCAAGACCGAGUUCAAGCACAUGCUUCAGAUGGGCAUCAUCCGUCAGUCUGGAAGCCUAUGGGUCUCGCCCCUCCACAUAAUGCCAAAGGCCGCCAUUAGUGAUUGGCGUCCCUGCGAUGAGUACAGGGCCCUGAACAACGUGACUGUCCCGGACCGCUACUCGGUCCCACGUCUUCAGAAUUUUUCCGGUGCCCUAUUCGGCAAAUCUGUAUUCUCGAAGAUCGAUCUGGUCCGUGCUUUCCAUCAAAUUCCCAUUGCCCAGGGGACGUUUCAAAGACGGCUGCCACCACUCCCUUUGGCCUCUUUGAGUUCCUACGCAUGCCGUUUGGCCUCCGCAACGCCUCCCAGACCUUCCAAACGUUCGCAGACAGAGUGCGUUGCGGCCUACGAUUUGUCUUCGUCCAUAUCGACGACCUUCUGGUAGAUUGCUCUACCGCCGAAGAACACAUGGAGCAUCUGGCAACGGUGUUUGAUCGCCUUCAAAAAUUUGACGUUGUUCUCAACCCGUCCAAAUGCGUCUUCGGUUUUUCCUCCCUAGAAUUUCUCGGUCAUAUGCUCGACUCCCAUGACAUCCAUUCUCUUCCCUCAAAAGUUGCGGCCAUCCGUGAUUUCCCUCCCCCCUCUCCCAAACGUCAACUGCAGCGAUUUCUGGGUAUGGUCAGUUUCUACCGCCGGUUCCUCCGCACUGUGCCGACACCAUUCUGCCGCUCACGAGCCUCGUCUCGGGUCCCAAAGGUUCGUUCGAGCUGUCUGCGGACGACCUCACUGCUUUUGGCCGGCGUCACCCUCCUGACCCAUUUUUCUCCCGCUGCUCCCAUCUCCCUCAUGGUUGACGCCUACAGUGUUGCAGUAGGCGCGGUUCUCCAACUGCACCUUGCAGGUCGCACCCAACCCUUAUCUUUCUUCUCCAGGAAGUUAUCACCUGCCGAGACGCGCUAUACCACUUUUGGACGGGAGCUCCUUGCUGUCUUCCGUGCCGUGAAACACUUCCGGCACUUCCUUCAGGGCAGGGACUUCACUGUGUUCACGGAUCAGAAGCCCCUUUCGUUCGCUCUCAAGUCCACGUCUGAUAAGCUCAACACCUGGGAAAUUCACCAACCGGACUACAUCUCACAGUUUACCCCAGACAUCCGCCACAUCGACGGGUCACGCAAUGAGGUGGCUGAUGCAUUGCCCAGGCCCUCCAUUGCACAUCUCCAACUUUCUGCCGUGAUCGACCUAGCUGAGAUGGCUGCCAAGCAACGCCGUGUUGGUUCUGCCCGUGACGGGGACGUUUCCAUACUCCAACUCCAGGACCUGCCGCUGACUAAUGCCGACUGA